AAAUACUGCGUCAAUGGCGGAGGGAUAGAGGCUUUAGGACAGAGAGCAAGAGAGGCAGCGGAUACCAAGAUAGCGAGAAAUAGCUGCGGAGCGAAAGUGGGGGUUGCGUUGAAUAAUUUUGUGUGGUCUGCGAUUUGCUGAGGCAAAUGAAAAACAACAAAUAAUACAAAACUCCGCCGUUCAAACGACCGAGAGAGGAGAUCAUUACAUUGUUAUUCUACAGAGGAAUAUAAAAAUGUCGUCUCCAAGUCCGGGUAAAAGGCGAAUGGAUACCGACGUGGUGAAACUCAUUGAAAGCAAGCAUGAAGUCACCAUCUUAAGUGGGCUCAAUGAAUUCGUAGUGAAGUUUUACGGACCACAAGGAACGCCAUAUGAAGGCGGAGUGUGGAAAGUGCGAGUAGACCUACCGGACAAAUACCCCUUCAAAUCUCCAUCUAUAGGAUUCAUGAAUAAAAUUUUUCAUCCCAACAUCGAUGAAGCGUCAGGAACCGUGUGUCUAGAUGUCAUUAACCAGACGUGGACGGCCCUGUACGAUCUAACCAAUAUCUUUGAGUCGUUCCUGCCUCAGCUGUUGGCGUACCCCAACCCCAUCGACCCCCUGAAUGGGGAUGCUGCUGCCAUGUAUCUCCACCGACCAGAGGAGUACAAACAGAAAAUCAAAGAAUACAUCCAGAAAUAUGCAACGGAGGAGGCGCUGAAGGAGCAGGAGGAGGGUGCCGGGGACUCUUCGUCAGAGAGCUCCAUGUCAGAUUUUUCGGAGGAUGAGGCCCAGGAUAUGGAGUUGUAGUACAUUGCGGCUCCCUUAAACAACAGACUAUAUGGUUCCCUAACCCUGAGAAGCAGACUAUGAUAUUCAUAUUUAAACAAGGCAAUUUUUUUUUAUUACUAAAACAAGGAUUUUUAUGGAUAUAGCGUUGGUGUGUAUCUCACCCUGUAUGUGUUCCUCAUUUUCCCGGUCAUCUGUCCGCCCGAGGCGCAUUAGCGUUCCCACAUUCCGCUGCAUUAGCCUCGUAGCCUGACUGCAUGCGCCGCGCUGCCCUCCAGUCUACUUCGCUCACGUGCAGCCGAACACUGUAGGACACGACGGGAAACCUCUCGCGGCGAGGCUGCGGGUAAUGCUUGAGUGUGCUCCACCUCUCCGCGACCGAUGCGCCGAAAACCCGGGGGGGGGGGGGGGGGAGGAGGGGGGGACAUAAAUUUAGGAUGUCGCGGAUGGUUGUCGCAUCAGGAAUGGGAUGUGAAGCUCCCUUCCGUUUAAUCUCCCCCCUUGAGACGUUUUUGUGUCGUUUUUUUUGGUUCAGAUUGGAUACAUCCGUUAAACACUGUCUAACAGGUUCACCGCUUGCUAUGUCUUUGCACUUAGCACAACUCUGCUGUAAAAGGCCGUUCUGGAUGGGAUUUCGUUGCUUUCAGAAGUUGUUGGAAUAGGAAUCAUAAAAAUGGGAAAUGCGGCUUCAAGAACAAUUUCAAGUGGGUUUUUUUUUUUUCUGCCCUCGGAUCAGAUUUUAAGAUGCCAUAAUUCUUUUCACAUUUGGAUCCUUUGAGCCGUACCGAAAGAAAGCAAACAUUUAAGAAGCGGCCGUUGUCCACUCCAAGGGAGAAUGAUUUCUGAAACCAUUUGGCUGGUAUGUUAAUCUGCUGACUGUCGAGCCCCCCCCCCCCCCCCCCUCCAAGAUUUAAAAGAUUUUGUUUCUACCUAUAGGUGGGCUUUCUUGAGUGUAUUGCUAGGGGGAGGUGUAAAUGAACGAGGUAUGACUGUCCCGUCUCUGCGUGUGCUGUACCUGCCCCGGCCAGGACCUCCGAGUGUGACUGCACAGCCAAAUGCGCCUGUCAGACCACGUAGCCGGAAACAUCCUCUGCUGGUUUUGAAGACGGAGCCGCAUUUAGGCAGACGGACAGGGUCUAAUGGUGUCUGUUAAGCACAGAGACUUUUCUACUUUUCCUCCGUCAGAGCGAGUGGAAUCUCGUCUUCCCAAGUGUCCGCCUCCCGCUCCCGAACUUCAUCUUCUCAGUUUUUGGAAAACCUGUGCGUCUCUCUCUCUCCCUCCCUCUCUCUCUCUCUCUCUCUCUCUCUCUCUCUCUCUCCCUCCUCCCUCUCACCCCCCCCCGUCUCUGAACAUCCUUUUGUACUUUGUGGCAUGAUACAGAAGUGAAGUUGUGUAGGGCUUUGAGCUAGUAUACUAUAAAAAGAUAAAGUCCAGCUUGAAUAUCUUCUGUUCGAAGGCUAGAGUAACGUAUGUAAAGCGUAGUGAAUUACUUGGCUACUCACUAGAUGGUGGUAAACGCAGGGGAAUUUUCAGGUCUUUGUUACUGUGUUACACUUUAAUCAACUUGCCUAUCGCUUGUGCUAAACUAUAAUAGGUGUUUGACUUACGUAGGGAUAGUUAGUUUGCUGGGUGGUGAAUUCAAAUUUAAAAAUGUCUGGAUUUAUUACUUGUUUGGCUUGUUUGAACUAAUGUCCUGUCAAGGAAAAUAUAAGUAAUUUUUGUUUAUUAAUUCUAUUCUGUGGUUUAAAAAAAAGAUACCCAAAGAUGUUAACAUCCUUUCUUUUCCCUUUAUGCAAGUUUUGGAAACAUGUACAGGUCAGUGUUUGAUACCAUAUGGGGAUUUGGUUUAGACAAAACAUGACAUUACACCAUGGAAGGAGAGCUGCCCAGGUGUGUCUCUGCUUAUAUGAAGAAAUUAUAUGUUAAACCAGUAGAAUGCAAUCUAUGCCACAAUGGAAUAAAAGAUGAACUUUUUUUAUUUAGAUUUUUUUUAUUUUAAAUCCCCCAUCUGUUUCCCUCUCUAAGACUCCAAUGGGCUUGAACAAUAAUGGGAAUUAGAUGGUCCAAUUUGGUCUUGACUAGAAUCCAAACAUCCAAAUUGGGUCAGCCAGUUGAUGUAUGCCCAGUUAAGCUACUGGUUCUGGCCUGCAGCCUGGGAAACUAAGUGUGCUGAACUGACUGGUCAUUCAUGGCUUGUUCAACAUGCCUAUCAGUAGCAGACUGCUUUGAGCUCUGGGUUGUCCAUCUUUAUUUUUCAGUGAAAAGAGUGGCUUUUUAUACCAAAACGCAUUGUUCCAGUCCAGGUUCUGCAGUUCCUUCACGUACCAUAAGAGUAAAUUUGAAUUCUUCCAUCCCCCUUCCCAUUUUGUGUGGUUUUAUAAAUAUUUUUUGCAGCAUUGUAUUACAGUUCUUAAGUAAGAAACAGGAAAACAUGGUUCAUAAUUUGAAGGAACAUCUCUGGAAUGUUACACAGUUUAAGAAUUCUCUGUCCUGGCUCCUGUCCCUCAGAACGAGGGACACAAAAACACACUUUUUUAGGACCAUGUCGUCGUUUCUGUAGUAAACUUUUUGAGCAGUGCAUGGCAACAUUGUUACAUGACAAUCUGUGUAGGCCAUUAGCAACUGAACGCUAGCUCCCCCCCUUAAAAAAAAAAGAGUAUAUAUUUGUUUGUUUUUUUUAGUCCUAAAUUUAAGGUCUUAAAUGAGAAAAAAUAUCCAAGACUCUGAAAGAACCUUAAAUAUGCUUCCCAUGUAAAUUUAUUAAAUAAAUAAAAUUAUCUGAUUAUGUCUGUUGCAGGAUUAUUUUUUUUUCUUCCUCCUAAAAUGAGUUCAGACCAUUGGCUGUCAGGUGUCCCUCCCCAGCUGUACUUAAACCCGAGUCAGUGUGGUGGAUGGAACAGGAACGGUGGCCUUGCAUGUUCACCACUGUGGUUCCAAGACCCCAAUCCCCAAACCAGCACCAUACCCAUCAGUGCACAGUCCGCCCUCUUGACUGUGCCAGCCUGUUUCUGUUUAUCUUGGCGCGAGAGAGCAGUCGUCCGUCGGGGGUGCCGGAUCGCUGAGAUUCCCUAGGUGCGGCCCUCUGCACCCUUACCGAUCUGCCCGCCCGUCUCGGUGCAGAUCUGUUAUGGGUCUGGGGGGGCGUCCACAGCACGGACAGCCAGCAGUCACGGCGACUCGCUCGACUCUCAUCAAGCCUUGGAAUUGUUCAUCUGUAACACGUUGUGUCCCAGUUUGGUCUUUGGGGACAGACAGUCCACGUUUUUGCUGGGAGCAGGGAGGGAGCAAAAAUGUGGUCUGCAGGUCCCCGAGGACCGGAUUGGGAAUCGCUGAGGUAAUGACCACAGAACCCUUUCUUAGGUUUUUCUUGCAUUUUCUUUUUUUUUUUAUUCACUUUACUUUGAAUUGUGACGUAUGGGACAUGGUCAAAGGUGACAAAUGCCCUCAAAUAUGAUUAAGACCUUUGAAAUAGUUGUGUAUAAAUAAACUGUAAAAACUUUUUUUUUUUAAUAAAAAGAGCAAUGUAUAUGGAUCUCA